CACUUAAAUAAAAAGCCAGAUUUCUACGUUUCUCGAGAAAAUAAAUUUCCCAGUUCUUGCAAAAAGGAAUCAAAUUCACCCGAAAUUUGGUUACCCUUUUCCGCACUCAAUCUCAAAGAACUAAUUGUUCUCAUAAUCAUUCCUUCUAUCUUAGUUUCCUCCCGUAACCCUUUUGAAGGUGUUGUCCAGAUCUUCCGAAAGGAAAAAGAGAGAAAUUUGAUGAAUUGACGCCAUUGCUUUUUAUGUUUUCACCUUUUCCACUCCACAACUUGAUCAGGAUUUUGAUUCCUUUCCGAAUUUCUUCACUUUUCUCCGAGAAAGCAUCUCUAUCUUCGUUUUUGUUGUUACUAUUAAUCUUGUUCCAAGCUUCCUCCUUUGCCUUCACUUCGAAAAGGUCAAAUCUUUGUUGGGGGAAAAAACCCAGAAACCCAGCACUAUGAGAAUCCACCCUUUGCCGAAGAGGAGGAACAUUACAAUCCAAUAUGUGAUGAACCCGAGGACCGCAAGGUCCCAAGCUGAGUCCUUGUUGAACGGCGGUGGUGUGUCCAACAAAAAGCUCCGUAGGCUGCCCCACAUCUUCAGCCGCGUCCUCGAGCUGCCUUUUAGGUCCGAUGCCGACGUGGCGGUGGAGGAGAAUCCCAACUGCUUCAAGUUCGUAGUCGAAACCGAUGGGAGGAUCGGCGACGUCGUCAGGGCUCAUACCGUCGAAAUCCAUCCCGGGGUUACUAAGAUUGUGAUAAGAUCCGACAGUUUGGUGGAUUUCGGUUUGCUGGAUGAUUUGGAGCUUGACAUGUGGCGGUUCAGGUUGCCGGAGACCACUCGUCCGGAGCUUGCUAGUGCGGUUUACGAGGACGGAGAGCUGAUUGUGACGGUGCCGAAGGGAGGAGAAGUGGAUGAACGAGGAAUGGGAAAUGGUAAUAGCAAUAAUAAUAGGCUUGUUCUAGUACAGUAAGUAAUAACAAUGGAAUCAUUUGCCUCGAUUUUACUUUAAUUGCAUGUUGUUUUCAUUUUAGUUUUUCAAGCUCACUGGUGGAGCUUAAUCCUUUUUUUGUAUGGCUACCUUUUAUUUUUGCUUAAUCAAAUCAAGAAUUGCUCUUUGAAUGAUGGA